AAUCGUUGGUGUCAGCACUGUCAGCUAAAUCGUGGGCAUGGCUGGCUGGGCAUGGAAGCAUGGAAAUUAAAGGGACUAUUAAAGGGACUGCUGUCAGACAGCAGACGAACAGCAUGCAAGAGAAGAUAAACGGAUAAAAGACUGAAGAAAACAAAAGAAUAAAAUACACUGGAUUUUAUGCUGGAGAAGAGACACAAGAAAGUAUAUAUAUUCCCACACUACAUCAGUCGAGUUCUCUUUGUCCGUUAAACCAAUUCAUUCAGAUGAAUUAAGAUAACUAACAUUGUUAUUCUACAGUUCUUGACUAACAAUACACGGUUCGUCAUGGGUGAGCGAAAUGUCAGAAUGUAUUUGCUCCUUUCCCCUUUUCAGUGGUCGUGCGCCCCCGUAGAGCUUUUACUCACGACCACAUCGUCGCGAAAAGUUUAUUAUUAAUACAGAUGUAGCGAGUGGGCCGAGUUAUUUCGGGCUUGCGUCCGCUGCUGCUCGUAUCCUGACCUCGAAUCGCAUUCUCGCUGAUCUCGAUGUUGAUAGUCGCUCCGUCAUACUCCGUCCAGCUUUGGAGCGUCAUCCCGGAUUCUAAUUCUAAUUUUGUGUUUUAAACAUGGACCCAGAUCCCGUAGAGAUGGCAAACGAGGUACAGUGCAAAGUCAUACUGCACUGGAACUGCCGGGGCUUCGUCGAGUUCCCGGAGGCGAUAAGACAUCACGGCGGUCAUGUCCAGGAGAUAUAUCUCAAGUGGAACAAGCUCAAAACUUUGCCAUCCUGGAUCACAGAGCUGUUCAACCUGACCAACCUGUACAUAUACGGCAAUCGGAUUGAAUGGCUGCCAGAGGAGCUCGGCGGGAUGAGUCAGUUGACAGUGCUAGACUUGAGUGCCAACAAAUUAAAGUUGAUACCCACCUGCAUCGGCAAUCUGAUCAAUCUGAAGUCCUUGUUUUUGAACGACAACUUUAUAGAAAGAUUACCAAUCGACUUGAGCAAACUGAAUAAUCUGGAAAUACUGUCUGUCUCGGGUAAUCAGAUUUUUGCGUUACCUGAAUGGAUUGGCUCUCUCCCAAGACUUAAAGAGCUGUACGUUGAUAAAAAUCAUCUGAAGGAAUUACCCAACAGAUUGACCACUGCUCCAGAGCUUUCCAUGAUCUCUGUGUGUUCUAACAGGUUGAAAUAUCUGCCAUUGAAUGGAUUUCUCUCGGCUCCCUGUAUUCAAUUCGAUAAGAAUGAUUACUUAAAUUACUUAUCGUAUCCACUUCUGUUUCAAUUAAUUUCAAAAAUGAACGUGCCAGAGGCCCAUGAAAAAAUAUGUUUUGCAGUUGGAUGUUUUAAGACGCACUAUGACACAAAUGUGCUAAACACAAAUAUAAAAUUGUACAUAAAGAUGAAGGAAUUGUAUGAAAAGGAUGAUUUUAUAAUUGAAUUACCGCGGCAGCUGCUAAAGAUUCACGAAGUUCACGAGAACGUGACUUGUUCCCUGUGGGAAUUGGCGCUGAGAAAAGUCUAUACCGAGAGAUAUAAACACACACUAGAUAUUUCCAUUCCUUCCAAAGAUGACGAUAUUCCGAACGUAACGAUACUCUACAAAUCACUCCUUAAAAAUACUAAACAGGACUUCAUGUCAUCCACGAGUUACACUUCAUAUAAUUUAUUAACGAACGGACCCACAAGUAUCUGCGUAAAUUCUCAAUGCCAGCAACCGAUAUUCACAGAAGCAUGGAUCAUUAUUGGUAUCAGCUACAACGCACUAUCCGUGAUAAUGAUCGCUCUGUGUUGUAGCAGAAGUUGCGCUACCGCGUUCGCUGCACACUCGGAUACCAUUAGCCUUCAUUGGCACUCCAUCGAUUGACGAACCCUCCUUACUAGGUAUCUAAUUUAAUCCACUUCUGUAUGUAUAUAAAAAAAUAUUAGGAGAAUAAAGAAUUCUUGUUGCGCUCUUUAACUGAAA